CUCGCUCCACGCACUCCUGUGGAGUCCCAUGUAGCGUUCGUUCGUUGGUCGCACAUAUUUCAUUUUUAUUCAUCACCAAAUACCCCCUUUAACCCGAUCCACUCAAUCAACUCCCACCGAACAUCGUAACGCGUGCGAUAAUUGUAUUAGAGUCAUCAAGAAUCGAUUUCCACCAGUGGGAUAAAUAGAUCUCGAUCUCAGAAUUCUUGGUACUCACAUCAGUGCAACGACACUGCUGGGUCGUUGACCAUAUACGUGCUACAUCAAAUCACAAACCGAAUAAUAACAAUAACAUUGAAUUUAUUCGGAGUUGAUAAAUCGUGAGACAGUUUGGAGAUUUGCUCAUCAGUGCGAGUUGAAGAUAUCCAGAGGAUUUAUUGUUGUUGCGACGCAGCUGUUCAGGAUUGUGCCAAAAAGAAAUAAUUCAAGAUUGAAAAAUGGAGGGAGCCCUCACGGAAUUCGAGGAGAGUGUAUCCUUCGACGUGGACGAUCCAGAUUUUGCACCAAGUACCCUCCUUAAAGAAACAAGGACGCAAGCUGCCUUAGACCUUUACAUCCCGGGAAUGACUGUCUCCAUGACGAAACUUGGAGUGUCGAACCAAGUCGGUAGCAUGUCUGUGACAUCAGUUCAAACCAACACCGAGAGCCUCUCUCGUCACGGGAGCAACAUUUCUCUAUCGCACCACAGUCUGACCGGAAGUGUGGACGAUGGACUCCAAGAUUCUCAUCGCCAGUACCAGGACACUAUUCUGACGAUUGAGGAGCUUCGGGCUCAAUUGAACUCCUGCUUUACAUGCGGUGUUUCGUGGAGUGAGGAGCACGUGUCUCUUGAUUGCAGUGAAUGCGGUGGCUAUUCACUCCAGCGACCGUGCCCGCUGUGCGAUGGGCGGUGUCAUGCCUCCUGGAAACGUAAUCUCACCAUGUCCCAUGCGAGUGGCAAAGCCCGAUGGAUCGGCGAGUGCGGCCUGAGUUGUGGUCCCUCACUCGACGAGAGUUUGGUACCAGCGCUUGAGAAAUUACGCGCCACAUCGUGAACUGGUGGUGGUCAACGGCGGCGUCUCGAUGAGCUUAGACACGCUGAAGAAAUGCACAAGACUUAAAAGCAGAAAACCAUCGCCAUUCAUUAUCGUGUCACAAUUUCAUUGACAUUUAAAAUUAAAACCCAUUGGUAUAUGUGCGACUUUAAGAAUGAAUGCUGUACGCGGUUAUUAUAUAACCAACGAGGUUUGAGAACUUCCUUUCAUUCUCAUUUAAUUGAUAUGGUGGAAAAUUAGGGGGAAAUAACACGCCGGUUGCGCAUGUAAAAUCUAAUGUGUGAUUGUGUGUAGAUAGGCACAUCAGAAUGACUUGUAGAUCUGCAUGUGAAAACACAUGAGAAAAUUCACCAACGAGUGCGCAAUGGGUAUAGGAAAAUUGUAAAUUUUUAACUCAUAAAUUCAGUGUUCGAAUGCCAUCCGACGAAAUAUUGACAUCACGAGGAAUGCAAAUGUCUUAGAAAUUAUCAUCCACACGUGCUACAUUCAUGACUAGAGAUGACGUACUUCAUUGUAAAGUAAAUCCUAGAUGUGUCACGUUCUUCAACAUUUGUGUAUGAGCUGUUUUGAGUGAAUCAGUGAAGAGAAAAUCAUGUGAAUGCUGGGAUCAUUAGGAGAUUCAAUGGGAUAACUCAUUGAAGCACUCUCGUUUCGAGAGAAUUCACACACUUUACGAGUUGUGAAAAUGAAUACUCGUUAUGAAAGACUUGGUAUUUGAAUAAAAAUCUUAGCCAAUUCUAGUUUAAUUAUUAUUGUCAAAAUUUUAUGAUGACGAUUCAAUAUACUUUUGACUGACUGGAAUUAGACUAACGAAUUAUUUCGAAAUACUUGUGAAAAAGCUCACCUCGUCGAGUAAUGUAUGUUUUUGUAUGCCAGGAAUUUGAGAUAUUUUUUAAGAAUUUCUCAAUCGUAAUCACGAAAAUUUAUCCUCAUCUAAGUUAAUGUAUCACUAAUCAGUAAGUUUAUUUUUUUUUCUAAAGUAUUAAAACUGAAAUUGUGAGGUUUUAAUUAUUAGUGUGCUUCGGGAAACACUGACCUUUCGUUGUAAUUUCUAUUUAAUUAUCCAAACAUUUUUGUAAAAUUACUAUUUAUGAUUUAUUAAACGAUAAACGAUAAACUACAGUAUGAGAUUAUUCCAUCACUAUCAUUUAUCUUUCGAAUCGAUUGUUCUUUCCUUUUCUAAACAAUAGAAUCAGCGAAUACUGAUAGCUUGUAGCAUCGUCAAUUAUAUUAAAUUCCUUGCAUUAUCAAAAUUCAAAAAAAUGGUGAAUCAUCACAGCGAUGAGGCAGUAUAUUCUUACGCAUGUAAUGACACUGGAAGUUCCUGGAAAUGAUUACAACAAUAAAGUCUGACUAUAAAAGCUG